AUGGAGGUUUUAUAUACAUGCGCCAAGCACUCAUCAAGAUCAUAUGCUCAUCGUGGACGUUCACAUUAUGAUUUAUUUGGCAAUGGAAAACCCGGAGACGAGGAAUUCAGGAAAGCUUGGGGGAAACAGAUGGAUGAAGAGAGUUGUCUCUGGACAGGUAGUGAAGAUGAAAGUGAUACUGAAAAAGGGCAAAGUAGUCUUGAAGAAGAGAUUAGAAAAGUAAAACACCAGGCAAAGGAGCAUUCUGAUCUCAUUGAUGCCGAUGACAGUGAUGAGUUGAGAAGUGUAUGGUCUGAAAGUGAUGAGGAGAAAACAUUGUGGACUGGUGACGAAGGAGAUGAUGAUGAUGAUAUUCCUACAGAAGCCUACCCAAAUGAGAAAAGUGAUGAAUAUUUAGAUAAAUUGUUUGAGUUUGAGGAGAAACCAAAAUAUCGAACAAUCUCAGAACUUCUGAAAGCUGAGCAGGAACCAGAAGAGUUGUCCCCAGGUAAGCAAGCUAGAAAACUUGCAGUUGAGAACGCUCUGAAAAAAUUGAAGAAGGGGCCAGAUGGGCGUUACACUAAUGUGUGGGAGGUCAUGAGUGAUGUAGACAUUCUCAUUGGGGCAUUUGAAAAUAUUGUUUCGGGACCAGAGUAUGAAGAACUUCGACAGGGAGGGCCGAAGAAAUUAAAUAUUCAAUUUUUCAAGGAUAUACAAGCUCGUAUGAGAGAUCCAAAUUUUAAGUUCUCACCUGAGUUAAAAUUAAAACCAAAAAGCAAACUGGUGCCAAGAAAGAAAUGGCAGAAGACACAAUCUAGACGAAGGAAAGCACAAAAGCGCUAAGAGGUAGCCUUUUCUUCUCUCAAAUUUGAACAGGUGAGCUGUAUAUUCUUUAUCUUUUGCAAUUAUGUUCCAUUUUUUAAAUCUUCUGCAAGCAAUGAUAAAGUUAUACAUGCUAUCCUUUCCUACUGGAGAAUUUUUUCAUUGCCGUCACUAAUUCAUUG